GUCCUUAUAUAAGCAACUUGUAAAUAUAGUGCAUAGCAUUCCGAGAGUGAAUCAAAUAUGCGAUAUUUGUGAAUUUUGAGAUGCAAGCGGUUUUCCUUCUUAUUUGUUUUUGGAAAGGAGCAGUAAUAUGGGCUUUUGAUGACUACUGCAACCAGACGCAUAAAAACAAAAAUGAAACGACUGCUACAAUUGGAUCGACGAAAAUUUUAAAAUGUCCCGUCGGCAAACAGGUUAAUUUGUUUGCUUGGGAGAAAUUCAAUGUAAACGACACAAUCGCAGACGGUACCAAAAUAAACCCAAAUUAUCAACACCUAAACAAGUUUGCUAUUGACAGCCGUCAAAAUGAAAACAAUUUGAUAAUAUCUAAUAUAUCAACUGCUGAUGGUGGGAAGUACUGUUGUGAACAGACAGGUUUCCGGUGCUGUGUACUGUUAUACGUAAAAGAGGCACCAGAAGUUUCCGUUAUUCAGCUUGAUAAUGGUUCUUUGUUGUGUAAUGCAACUGGUUUUCCAGAUAACAUAAGCUACUCAAGAUGGGAACACAAAUCACCAGAGCGAAAACACCUACGAUAUUUAAAAGGGACAGAAAAUGGAAUUCUUAAUUUUAACACUUUGGACGGGAAUACUGGGCUUGAUUCUACGUACAGUUUGGACGGGAUCUAUAUUUGCAAGGUUGUGAAUCACAUGACAAAAGAUGGAGACACAAAUUUUCAAACUGGGUUUGCAAAUGUUCUGUUUAAAGGAACUCCCGAAUGUCUUCGCGAAACUGUGGUAACUGAUUAUGCAGAUGGUUCUGUCAAAUUACAAGUUGACGUUUACAGUUCAAGUAACGUAUCUUAUAACUGGCUUGAUUCGGAAGCGGAACUGCUUGUAAAACAGUCUCCAAAACACAAAGUAACAAUAACUGAAAGUCAAACAAUGGUAGAAAUGUAUAACCAUCAAGUACAACUGAAUUCAACCAACAUUGUUUUGGAGAUGUCAGGUGUUGAUCAGCAAGACAGGAGAAGCUACAUGCUUGAAGUGUCUAAUGAUUAUGGGACAAGUUACUGUACAGUCAUAUUACCAGAAAGACAGGCACCAGAAAUUUCCGUUAUUCAGCUUGAUAAUGGUUCUUUGUUGUGUAAUGCAACUGGUUUUCCAGAUAACAUAAGCUACUCAAGAUGGGAACACAGAUCACCAGAGCGAAAACACCUACGAUAUUUAAAAGGGACAGAAAAAGGAAUUCUUAAUUUUAACGCUUUGGACGGGAAAACUGGGCUUGAUUCUACGUACAGUUUGGACGGGAUCUAUAUUUGCAAGGUUGUGAAUCACAUGACAAAAGAUGGAGACACAAAUUUUCAAACUGGGUUUGCAAAUGUUCUGUUUAAAGGAACUCCCGAAUGUCUUCGCGAAACUGUGGGAACUGACUAUGCAGAUGGUUCUGUCAAAUUACAAGUUGACGUUUACAGUUCAAGUAACGUAUCUUAUAACUGGCUUGAUUCGGAAGCGGAACUGCCUGUAAAACAGUCUCCAAAACACAAAGUAACUAUAACUGAAAGUCAAACAAUGGUAGAAAUGUAUAACCAUCAAGUACAACUGAAUUCAACCAACAUUGUUUUGGAGAUGUCAGGUGUUGAUCAGCAAGACACGAGAAGCUACAUGCUUGAAGUGUCUAAUGAUUAUGGGACAAGUUACUGUACAGUCAUAUUACCAGAAAGACGAACAGUAAGCAGGAAGUUCGACAAAGUCAAGUUAACAAUAAUAUCAUGCUGUAGCGCUGGUUUUGUACUAGUGGUUAUUGUUAUUUUUUUUAUGAAAAUUGGAAAACAUAGAGUUUCUAAGAAAACAGAAAAGAGGAAAGAAAUGUUCUACCACAGACAUGAGAAACAGUUUAAUACAUAUUCCACGGCGAGGAUGAGAAAUGAAGUAUUCGAAGAGGUGACACUCAACAGGGAUGAAUGUGACAAGGGAAAACGAUUUACAAUAUGUUCCGUAGUACAAGACGUUUAGCAGCUGGUGCAUAUUAGGUUUAAAACUGUAAUUACUAGUUGCUUGUCCAUUAAGCAACCUAAGUUUGUUUAUGUUCUAUUCAUCUUCGAACAUGGAUAAUUGAAGAAGAAAACAACUUGUGGCAGCUUAUUUUACAUUCCACCAUCUACCUACUGUUAUCUGGUUACACACACUGUUUUUGUUUAAUAAUUAAAAAAGUGUCUCAUUAUUCGUUAAAUAAAUAUAUUUUCCUAGUCCAUCCUA